AUGAAAUUUCCUUGCCAGUUAUGCGGGAGAGAAAAUAGAAGGGGGUCGUUGAGCAUAAGUAUUAAAUUUUAGGAGAAGUUAAAGUAGUAGAUUUUGUAAAUAUUUUAUUUGUGUAAAAUUUGUCCAAAUCAGCGUAAUUUACCUUUCAAAUAUAGGACUUCUUCUUUGUCUUUCGAGGAAGCUUCUAGGGAUCUUCGGAUGGAAGCUGCACCGCCAUUACCUUGAUUGAUUGUACAAGUAAAAGAAAACCCCAAUUGAUUCGUUUUGAAGAGAAGGGAGGAGAAAAUGCUCAAUUGACAUACAGAUUUGUCAUCCUUUCCAUUUAAAAGCUAUCUUCUUCAUCCACUCCGAACUGCCCGUCUAUAUAUAUAUAUAUAUAUAGCUAUCUUAUAUAAUGGAUGAAAGGUUGAAGAAGGCUGCUAAGGAGGGAUGCACCAAACGUCUGCAUAAUUUGAUUAUAGAGUAUCAAGGUAUUUUGGAGCGCAAUAUCGAUGGUGAAUUGUUUGCUGAUACUCCUUUACAUGUGGCUGCAUCAACAGGUGACCUUCGGUUUGCCGCAGAAGUGAUGAGGUUGAAGCCAUCAUAUGCCAGGGCGUUCAACCGAGACGGGCUUAGCCCCAUCCACGUUGCUCUGCUGAAUGGGCAUGAUGGCAUCGUGGAUUGGUUCGUCUCCGUUGAUAGCACCUUGGUCCGUCAAAGACGAGGGGAUGAUGACAUGACGUGUUUGCAUUAUGUGAUUGCUCAAGGAAAUGAAAAUCUUUUGAGAUUGUUUCUGUUGGAUUGCCCAAGCUCCAUUCAAGAUUCCACAGCUAAACAAGAAACUGUACUUCAUGUUGCUUUAAAACACAACCACCUUAGGAUUUUUGAGGCGUUGGUGGGAUAUUUACAGAAGAUCCAAUACGAAGACAUCUUAAACAGGCCCGAUGAGAAUGGAGACACCGUCUUGCAUAUGGCGGCGCGCAACAAUCAAACCGAGGCUAGAAUUCUCUUUUGUUUUGAUCAUGCUGUGAAAUUGUUGUUGAGCAAAAAAUUGAUUAGUAAGAUGGAGAUAAAUCGGGAGAACAAAAUGGGCUUAACAGCUCUCGACAUCGCCUCAAUGGAAUCAAGCAACAGAGAGAUUGAGGAAAUGAUACGCAGGGGAGGAGAAAAAAAAUCAUUGAGCGAAAUGUUUAUUUACAAUAAUCCAGUGCUAGCGGAAAUGAAGUUCUUGUUGGCACGAGAUGAUGUGCAGCGACUCCUACAUUUAGUUGAAAUGACGGCGGCCGCAUUUAUUGCAACGUCCGCGUUAGAGCCUGUGUUCCGGCGUUCCGGUAGAUUACGGCAAAUUAACACCCUUGGAUCCUUUGCUUUCUAUUUGUCCAAGAGUUUCUUGUUUUAUUGGUCCAUGACCACAAUCCGUCGCCACUUCAAGGCCAAUUUGCUAGUCAAAAUACUCCAACUCUUUAUCCACGCCAACUAUUGUCGCUAUGUCAUCUUUCACCUGUCCACCUUAUCCUUCAACUCCGGAUCCCUGUUUUAUGAAGCUCUCACUGCGGUUACUGAACUCUUGUUUUUUAUCUGCACUCUGCAAGCUGUUUUUGGCUUCCUUGAACCACUUGUUCCGUCUUGGGGACACAGGAUUUGAACAAGUACCAUAAUAGUUUAUUACAUGUUUGUUUCCUAUUAAUGCAUAAUAAUAGAUGAUCUAGUAGUAUUAUUAUAUGUUUGUUUCCUUUUAAUGAAUGAGUAACAACAACUAGACUUAUUGUUAAGCUUUCCAUGUAUAAUUAUUGUAAGCCAUCAAUCCUUGUUUCAUCAUAAUAACAAUUAUAUAUGCUGUAUGUAUAACAA